CCUGAAUGUUCUCGCGGCCCUCUGAUACACAAUGUCGUUAAAUAAAAUAGAAAUCCUCCCUACCUCAUCCUCGCACCUCACUCCUGGUUGGGCGUACGUCCCAGACACCCGCUAUGGCAACUCUACUGACACUGGGAGGGCUACCGGGAGGGCUGCUGGGGCUCGAAAACGAGCCGUACGUGACCUGGGAGUCAUAGGAAGGGCAGAGGCGUCUUCUUCAAGACAAAAUACCGCUACUCUAAGGCAUAUUGCGGAACUUGAUCGAGAAAAUCAUAAAGAUACCUAUAUUCCGAUUCCGACGAAGCAGAAGAGCGCGAUAGCGAAAGAUAAACCCAGAGGCAAAACGACAUCCAACGUCCGCCGUAUCCUCCUGUCCCAAAAGACCUUCAAAAAUUACCUAGAUGACGAGGAAGCUGCGCUAGCCCAAGCUCAAUCUCACAGCCCCGCAGCAGGACAACCAUCUUCGACAACUACAGCUGCCACUGCUCGCUCUACACCUCUGAAAUCCAGUAAACCCAGCACGCCACGAACAUCAUCCCAUCCAGCAACAGCAACACCCAACAAGACAAGUAGUACUACAGGCCAACCCUCCGAACCACCCAACGUAGCCUCCUCCCGCGCUUCCACCUCCACCAUACAGAAACCACAACCAAACCAACAACUAAUCGCCUCAAAUUAUGAUAACGACCCCCUUCUCCGCUCAUACAUUCCCUCUGCCCCCUCUGAAAGACUGAUGCAACUGCUCCUCGCAGAGCCACCGCUGUCAUACAACGCCUCCCUUGCAACGGUAGCCCCACCAGACUGUGGCCCGGGGACACCAGCAGUUUCUAAACCACCACGGCACUUUUGUAGCAUAUGUGGCUAUUGGGGCAGAGUGAAAUGUAUCAAGUGCCGCGUGCGGGUGUGUGGGUUGGAGUGUUAUCGCAUCCACGAAGAAACCAGCACAACGUGGUCUACAAGAGACGGCAAUGGGCAACAGUAGGGCGCAAAUGUCAGGGAAUGACUGGCCUCUAGAGGAAAGCUCCCUGUACACAUUCAUACUAUGCCCUCUUCCACUUCUAUAUCUAUGGCGCAGUCCAUGUCCAACACUGAACUGGGAACUUGAGACAUAAGAUUUACCCUGCCUUCUUUGUGUUGAGACCCUUCAUGAUUGCUAUGGGAUCAAUGGCUUGAGAAACCACCAGCCCAGUCUGGUAGGAUUGGGCAACUACGGGGAUAGUUCUAGGCCGGAUUAUUUAGGUACUAUUAAUAAUCAGUGGGUUGGUUAUUAAAAUUUGCAUGGGCUAUGAGGUGUGAAGGCCAGCAGGACCUCGGAUCGGAGGUUAGGAAAUUCUACCCUGGGGAAAGUGAAACCACGUUAUCUCCUUAGGAUAUGGGGAGGGGAAAGGACCAGAGAAGCUGUCGUUAACGGCAUAGAGGUGUGGAAAAUACGAGCCGUGGAGAUUGAGGGGUUCGCAUUAAGACAGUAUUCAUUUUGAUUACUGGUCCACUGUCUGGAGCAAUAUGGACGAAGCGUUAUGAUGUCAGAAAGACCCUGAGAACGUGAGUGAGACGGCUAAGCGACACGGACAGGGGAAUAAGAAAAUGCACUGUAUUGGCUUCUUGAUGUGGUAUAAUAUAUACAUUUAAGAAAGCUCCGACGCAAUAGUCCAUGCUAAGACAUGGAUGAAUUAAAAAAAAUUUAUGUAAUCCCAUGUCUAAACCUAAGAAUGCACUGUUCAUCGCACGCAUUCACCGCCAGACCCAAUAAAAGGCCUAACACUUCAUAUUUAUCCCCAUCCUCAACUCCCCCUCCCGAAUCUCAAACAUGAGCUGCACGCCCACAAAUAGACUCAAACAUGCGCCGAUAAGAUAUACCAGCCCACCCAGACUACCCACAAUCCCACUCACAAGCCCCUUCAAACCGUCAAGUCCCAGCGCAAACCCAACAAGAUUCGCCGCCAUCAUCAGUAAGAUGUUAAAGACUGUGCCCACGCCACACAGCACGCGAUACGUCGUCGGCCGGUCGCGCCAUUUAUGUGCGGGGAAUAAUGUUGUGCCGAUUAUUUCAGGCAGCACGAAGAGGGUGAUGAGCCAACCCCACAUGAGCAGGCGGAGGUUAAUGUCAUGCCACAGCGCGACAAAAGUGAAAACGAGGAGGAAAUUGAGGAGACUGCGCGCUUUGGCAAGGAUGGGAGAAGUCGGCCCACUAUUGCGGUUGUCGUUGCUUGUACCAGUUCUGGCGCGUCUAUCACCACCGCCACCUAGGGGCACAUAUAGAUAUCUGACGAUCCACCGGUUGAAAGAGCGGUGCCAACCACGCCAGAAGGCGAGAGCCGAGUAGUUGUCUGACAUACAGCGGACCAUGUUUUCGGGAGGAUCAACGCCGU